AUGUCAAUGCACAAAGGAAGUUAUUCAAAGUUCUUCAAAGUUUACUUACCAGAUGAAUCCGGAGAUGAUCUGGAUUUUCCGGUCUCUUUCAACAGCUCGUUACCAAAACCUUUGCCAAGAAAUGUUACGGUUAGGAGUAUUUACGGGAAGACUUGGAAACUGGCGUUGAGGAAAUGCGGAGGCGAUGAUGUUGAGAGAUACGCUCUCGUUAACGGGUGGAAGAGGAUUGCAAAGGAUGAAACUCUCAACGGUGGAGAUCUCUUGACGUUUGAGUUCGACGGCUCUCGUUGCUUCAACUUCUGUAUCUAUGAUGCUCGAACCAUGUGUAAAAGGCUGAGAAGGAGAAGUUCAGAGCAAACGAACGAGAUCAAGGAGGAAUCUGAUGCUGAAGAAGAAGAUGCUGAUGAUGAUGACAAUGCUGACUAUAAUGAUGAUGAUGAUGAUGAGGCUGAGGAUGAUGAUGAUGACAGAAAGUAUCUGGAUGAUAAAGAAAACCCCUACUUUACUGCGUUCCUAAAUCCGAAGAAGGCAAGCCAAUUGCCCAUCCCGGCUAUGGUGAUCAAGGACUAUGGCUUAAACUUCCCUGAGCGGAUAUCUAUUGUUGACCCACUCUCGAACAAUUACGGGCCACUGGAGAGGAAAGUCAGGAUUCAGGUGAAUAGGGUUGUGUUUGUCAUGGGAUUUGGAAGUGUACUCAGAAGGAAUGUAGUCAAGACAACCGAUAAAAUGGUGUGCGAGGUGAUGAAGACAGGUAAUAAUAAUCUGGUUCAUACGAUCAAGGUCCACAUCAUCCGCGGUUAA